AUGUCUUCGAACAUGGGUACAAACAUCAUCUAUUUGGUCGAGAGGAUUGAUCGCCACCCCCGCAACAUGCCAGCCAUGAAACGUAUGGGAUACGCGGUUGAGGUUGUUGGUAUCGCUAUACAGGGCGGUUGUACCGCGGACGAUGUCAAGGGUACUGUACUCGACUACAUCCGCGUCCUUAGACGCAAAAUAGAUUUUGCCAGCAGUGCCGAGGAAGUCGCCCAGCUUCGUCAAAGGGAGAUUCUCUGCGGUGAUAUCAUCGCCACCGUAUGUGAGCUUAGACAGAAAGCCACUGUCCACAAAGAUGUUGAUGUUGUCGUCAACCCCAAUACUUUUGUCAAAGAGGAUAAUGUCGACAUCGACGACUUUGUCCUUAUCCACGAGAUUGGCACCGGAAAGUCCGAGGCAGGAAGUGCCGAGUGGGAACUUGUUUAA